UCCCCGGCGCAUCUACGAAGCCAAGGGCGAAACCAGCCUCCGCGGCGCCAGGCCGACUGCGCCCGGGCAGAGCUCCCCCCUGCCCACCGGGACGGCGAGGCCGUGUGCUGCGAAGAAACGGAGCUAAGACUGGCCUAUCUGUAGGUAUCCUCGGCCCCUGGUGAACGCCGCGUCAGGCUGAAAGGGCCUGGUUGGAGACCUGCCCUGACUGCAACAAUACACCAAAGCUUUGCUUUGUCCCCCUUUGUGAUUCCCCAGCAGGCACCAGCCUUCUCAGACCUCGACUCUCUUUGUGCUAAGGGUACUUCGCUCGCCCCACUCGAUUACCUGGGAGUAUUCUGAAGCCUCAGGAAGCUGGCCCCUGUAAACGUUCAUGGCCCGUGAAAAAGGCCUGUAAGAAACCAUGGCACUCCCUUUUCAAAAAGAGUUGGAGAAAUACAAGAACAUUGAUGAAGAUGAGCUUCUUGGCAAACUCUCAGAAGAGGAACUGAAACACUUGGAAAAUGUUCUCGAUGACCUAGAUCCCGAGAGUGCCCUGCUACCAGCCGGAUUCCGACAGAAAGACCAGACUCAGAAAGCAGCCACCGGCCCGUUUGACCGUGAGCAUCUCCUCAUGUAUCUGGAGAAGGAGGCUUUGGAACAGAAGGACAGGGAAGACUUUGUGCCCUUCACUGGAGAGAAGAAAGGGAGAGUCUUUAUCCCCAAAGAAAAGCCCAUAGAAACUCGUAAAGAAGAAAAGGUGACCCUUGAUCCAGAACUGGAAGAAGCUUUGGCCAGUGCCUCGGACACUGAACUCUACGAUCUCGCAGCUGUUCUUGGAGUACACAAUUUGCUCAAUAAUCCAAAGUUUGAUGAGGAAACACCCAACUCUAAAGGUGGCAAAGGGCCCGUGAGAAAUGUGGUCAAAGGUGAAAAAGUCAAGCCUAUAUUUGAGGAACCACCCAACCCCACAAAUGUGGAAGUAAGCCUGCAGCAGAUGAAAGCCAACGAUCCCAGCCUCCAAGAAGUCAAUCUCAACAACAUCAAGAACAUCCCAAUUCCAACUCUGAGGGAAUUCGCAAAAGCGCUGGAGACCAACACUCACGUGAAGAAGUUCAGCCUGGCCGCGACCCGCAGCAAUGACCCUGUGGCAGUUGCUUUUGCAGAUAUGCUGAAAGUAAACAAGACCUUGAAAAGUCUAAACGUAGAAUCCAAUUUUAUAACCGGAACUGGGAUCCUGGCCCUGGUGGAGGCACUAAGAGAAAAUGACACGUUGACGGAAAUCAAGAUCGACAACCAGAGACAGCAGCUGGGAACAGCCGUAGAGAUGGAAAUUGCCCAGAUGCUCGAGGAGAACUCCAGGAUCCUCAAAUUUGGAUAUCAGUUUACCAAGCAAGGACCACGAACAAGGGUGGCAGCUGCCAUCACAAAGAAUAACGACCUGGUUCGUAAAAAGCGAGUUGAAGGAGACCGAAGGUAAACUUCUACAAGAGGUAAAGGUUCACCACGGCAGCCAUUUAAAAACGAACAGAAACUCUUCUCCUUCCCCAUCGGGACCAUUUCAUGAAAGGUCGUUCAUUUUCGUUAACCACACAACUAAUAAUUUAAUUGUUACUCUUUUUUAGCACUCCUUAUUUAUCUUGGAUUUUAAAUGUAUACAGUUGUUUUAUUUGCUCGUGGGUGCCUCUGGCAGCUUGCACCAGUGGCCAUGUGCAGAUCUGCAGUGGAUGGCAGCACUCGAAAAUGAUUUUACCACUUUCAUGUUGGGUUGUCUUACUUUGUUACAUAGACUUUUUUUUAACCACUGAAAGGAGUUUAGUAUGUAAGUGUGUUUGUAACUGUGAUUAUGAUAGAGGCCUAUCUCUGUUUACAUGCAUGGCUUUGAGUUAGGCUAAGUACAUCAGAAGUGUUCUGCUGACCACAGAAGAAAUUAGUAUUGCCAAUCUUUCCCUGGACGAGAAAAUGUGACCCAACUUAGCACAAAUUCUACGAGUUCCAGAAAUAUCUCUAAAUGCACAUGCGCCCACUGAUCAGAAAUCAGUGGUGUCAUCUUCAUAAAAACCAGACAGCAUUAUGAUACUUUAACACAGCCUUACUAAAUAAGUAAAUAAAAUUGUUACUAACCCACAAAUAUAGCUUCCAGCCAGACUCACAGGCAGCAAAAUGAACUGCUACGUCUACCUUUACUGAUUAUUCACCAUAAAUUCAGUCUUUCACAUGACUCUCUGAUGGAUAAUUUUUCACAAAGCUGUUUGAAAGUGUUCCAGACAUGGUGGUUAUUUUUAAAUAUUAGUAAGAGGGAGACUUUCAAAACAGUACAUCCCCAAAUAAAACAAUAAUGAUUACACCUUAAUCAAGGUUGUCUGAUACACACGACUGCAUUAUUUUGGCACAUUUUAGAAGCAUUUAUUGCUUUUUCUUUUAGUGUAGCAAGAUCACAGGAUGAAAUGAGAACAUUCGAAUUAAUUAUACAGAGUUUUGUCUACGUGGCAUGAUCCAUCCAGACAUUUGCAAACGUCAGGAGAAAGUGUGAAUUAUCACUUACCCAGGUGUUUGUCAUCUCAAGAACGAGAGCCAGGAAAGCACAACUGAGAUGAUUGCACGAUAGUGAGUGUUAAUCUUCUAACCCAGAAGCGCAACUCGCAACCUGCACUAAGGAAACAGAUCUUUGCCAACUCGGUGCCCACGGCUGUCGUUGGCGGCAACUCUGACAAGUGGCUUACUCCCUGCUCUCCUCCCGCCCUUCCAGCUCAUUCUCUCUUUUCUCUCCUCUGUAAUUUGAGCCUUGGCAAAGUUGGCUUCCCUUGUGCAGGCAACACCUGGAGCCAGAGAGGUGCUGACUCUGGCAGAAGGUGGGCCCAGUCCAGGCUCUGUUUAAUAACUGAGUGCUCCCGAGUUGCUUGAGAGCAGUACAACCAACCAGUCAACGUAAAACAAUUCACAUAUUAUUCUAGUUAGUUUGUAAAGCACAUGGAAACCGUUGAAGAUAGACGGCCUUUCUCAAAUUAGACCUUUACCUGUAUUUCAGAUACUCACAUCUAUAGCCCUAAAAUCCUUUGAAACAUCUCAUUUUCUUGAGAAUGUUUUAUUUUUUUUUUAAGGGACUAAUGAGCAGAACAUGUUGACAUUUUUAGAACCCUAAAAAGUCUUUAGUUUUUUACCACGUCUCCCUAUUAUAAAAAAAAGUACAGUACAUAUUAUUUAAUGGUUUUCAGUCUGAUUUUUACCUUCCCUCCUAAUCACUUAGGUGUGGAAGGUUGGAGCCAACUUAUACAGGCUUCCUGAUGAUCAGAGUUUCAAGAAUUUUGCAAACAGAUUGUUAAACACAGCCAUUAUAAAAAUUAAAUGAUGCCCUGGCUGGUUUAGCUCAGUGGAUUGAGCGUUGGCCUGCGAACCAAAGGAUCGUGGUUCAAUUCCCAGUUGGGGCACAUGCCUGGGUUGCAGGCUAGUUCCCAGCAGGGGACGCACGAGAGGCAACCAUACAUUGAUAUUUCUCUCCCUCUCUCCUUCCCUUCCCCUCUAAAGAUAAAUAAAAUCUUAAAAAAUAUUAAAUGACAUACAUUUACAGUUAAAUAUGUUAUAUUAAAAACAAAAAUAGUACUCAAAGAUUUUACCAUUUUCUAGGCUCUUAAAACUGUUUGCACCUGUUGUGUCUGUGUGGCAGACUCUACGCAACAGUGUGCUGUUCACACCUCUUCCAACCUCAAGUUCAGUACUUGUUGGUGGUUUGGAAUUGGCUGUGGUGGGAGUAUUUAUAUGAAAGAAAUGAUCAAAUACUAUAAAUCAGGGCUUUUCUCUGCUAGGUUGCUGGUUUAUAAACAUUCAUCAGCAAUGUAUACAAUUUUUUCUCAUAUACAUAAGUUUUGGUUACCAUGUUGCCAAAGAAAAAAACAUUUCUCUUCUGUGUUUUCUGUCAUUUUAGAUUCAUUGCCUAUAUAUUUAAGUGCUGAGUCCCUGGCACACCCCUUCAAGUAAGGCUCUUUCCUUUCUUUUCUCAUUCACUCUCUUUCUUACCUUCACUCCUAAGAAAUCUCGGAUUCUCCAGAGUGUCUUCUGCAGCCCCCAGGUGCUGUAGGCUGGGGGCUGGAGCAGUUUCUGACACACACUGGCAAAAGCAAGAAAAAAAAUCAGAACUUGAUUGUAAUUGUGCUGCAGUUGUUGAUAGUAUUAAAGCAAGGUAAUGGGGGUACCAUCAAAAUUUAGCACUAUUCAGCUUGUAAAAUAGUUGGGUCACAGGUAAUAGAGUCUAUGAAAUAAAAUAUUUAUUACUAAUCAUUUUAUCUUAAUAUUACCUGUGUUUUAAAAGUAGCUUGAAAGGUGACAUUUUCAUGAGUAUUCCCAUUAGUAUCUUUAUGUUAAAGAUAACUAUUAGAAAAUAAACUUACAUCGUGGGAGCCUAUUAAUCAUUUAAUUAGCCUAGGACCCCAUCUCUCCAUCUGCCCAAAGUGUCACUUCAUGAAGUUCCUUCAUGAUCAUGGUGGUGCAUAAUGUAUACAAAAUAUUUUUAUAUGUAUACAUUUUGCCAAAUACUAUGUUGAGAUAUUUGGUGACAUCUGGACAUCUGAUUGAAGGGAGAUAAUCUCUCCUCAGGCCACCUCCUUCCUUCUUGUCAUUAGGCUUGUCAUCAGGUCAUGAUGACUAGCCUGGGCCUGCAGGUUCUUAUUGCAUGACUCCUAAAAGGUGGCUUUUAAGAGAUGCAUUCUGGAAGUCUGGAGGUCACGUCAGUAGUCCAGCAGUGCAUCCCCCCAUCUUGUGGAAGUGUGGAAUGGAAGCUGUUUCAUUGUCAUCAGCAUGAUUAAAUCCCUUUCAUCUCGGUAGGGCCUAGUGUAAAUAAAUGUAGUGUGUGUCUGAAUAUUGCCAAAUAUCUAACUAAUACCUAACUGGGUGUUUGGCUACAUCUGGACAGCUGAUUGAAGGGGUGAGGGGUGCUCUUGCCCCAGCUCCAUGUCCCUGGUCAUUUUUAGAGUAGCUGCAGGCCCAGGUUAAUGCGAAGUCACUCCCUGGACUUUCAGGUCACCAACCACCAGAUUUUACAGCAUGUAUGGACAGGAACCUUGGGGAAUAAAUAUUAGAAACCUUGAAAUCAUUUCAUUGUUUCAGCCCCAAAUCUCUCCAUACACCUAAAGUGUAUAAGUAGAAGCUCUAUCAUCUUCAUCAGCGCAGUCCGGCCCUUUCCUUCCAUCUGUGUUAGGGUAUACCAUGCAAACGUGUAUACAUAUUUUGUACAUGAAGAUCACCAAAUACUGGAAGAAGCUAUUUGGCUAAAUCUGGACAACUGGUUGAAGGGAGAUGCUGUCUCUCAGUCCCACUUCCCUGAUACUCCUCUCAGCAUGGCUACAGGCCUCAGUUAGGCAGAGUCAGUGGAGGGGCACAUGCAGCUCACCCAUCAGAGAGCGCACAGCUGAGUAAAAGCCCACCUCCAUUUCAAAACUCAGAAAUCCCAAAUGCCUGUGUUCCUCAAAAGAGUUUCCCUAAGGGAAGGCUGGCACACCAGGCAAAAAGAGCAGCAGCUUCCCUUCCAGACAGAAACGUGGUCCCUGGCAAGGCACCAGCACUAGGGAAACCAGUGUGCUCUGAGUAACUGGACGAGAACCUUUCAGACCCUCACACCUGGUGUUAUGUAAGCAUCAGCAUGCCAUCAAUGUAACCCUUUAAAUUCACGAAAGAGUUUGCAGAUAUUUCCCUUUUUUGUGACCAUGGUAUACUUAGCCCUCUCCUAGGCACCGUGAAGGAGACAGAGGAAGUACAGAACUCUGGAAUGGUAUAAUUUGAUAUGUGUUUCUUGAGCUUUGCAGGCAGAGUGCCUUUUUGCAAAGUGGACACCAUCUUUUAGUGCAAGUAUUUAUAGCAUCAGCAAAAACAAGCAGGGGCUGUUAAGAUGUGAACACUAGGUUCUGUGGUAUGUUACCUGCACUCAGUGGAACUGUUUCUGGAAUCAGGUUUUAACUCAUGAUCCUGAAGCUUCCUUCCUCUCAUACACUAAUGAUGCAGUAAUAGCUACUUUCAUUUUAAUGAGCAGAGAACGAAGAUGAAAUGUUUUAGCUCUGCCUUCCAGUAGCAGUUUUCCCUUGUUGCUCCUCAUUUCAAGUCUCCCCAUCACAUACUGUACCAUUUUCAAAACUAAAGGACUGAGACACAUGCAGAGAGAAGGUGUGAGAAUGAUGGAAGCGUCAGGCUGAGCCCUCUGGAUGAAAAUCACAUGACAAGCUCCC